CAUAAACAGAAUUACCUGGAAAAACUCAGCAGGUCUGGCAGCAUCGGCGGAGAAGAAAAGAGUUGACGUUUCGAGUCCUCAUGACCCUUCGACAAAACUUCAGACCGAGACAUGUUGUGAAAAAACCCCAGUAGUGGAGAAUUUUGGGAACCAAAAUCCACCUAUUCCUCCCAGUAAACUACCCUUAGCACAUGCCAAGCCCCAAAUUACUCCUCACUUACUUCCUGAAAUAUUGUUUCCCUAGGUUAGUGUUUUUUUUAAAAAAAAGAUGAAAUGUCAGCGAUCGAGAACAGGAGAAACUACUUUAACCAUGGAGUUCACUUCCUGGGUUAGUGGUUGAGGCUGAAGCUACGUCACAUUCAAGAUAAUAUUGGAAAUCGAAGUGGGCGAACAUGAUGAAAAUGACAAAGCGAGUUGCUAUCAUCGGGGCUGGUGCUAGUGGCCUAACUUGUAUAAAGUGCUGUUUGGAUGAAGACUUGGAGCCUGUCUGCUUUGAGAGGAGCAAUGACAUUGGAGGGCUCUGGAAUCUUCAGGAAAAUGUAACAGAUGGCAGAGCCAGCAUCUAUAAAUCAUUGAUCAUCAACACUUCCAAGGAGAUGAUGUGCUUCAGCGACUUUCCAGUUCCUGAAGAUUACCCAAACUACAUGCAUAACUCUAGGAUUCUGGACUACUUCCGCUUUUAUGCUAAGCACUUCAAUCUGUUGAAAUAUGUAAAGUUCAAGACAAGCGUGUGCAGCAUAACAAAGCGGGUGGAUUUCUCCUCCACGGGACAGUGGGAUGUUGUGACGAUAGAUGGUGAGGGCAGCUCGGAAUCAGCUAUUUUCGAUGCCAUUCUGAUCUGUACUGGUCACCAUGUCGACCCCCAUUUACCUCUGGAUUCCUUUCCUGGCAUAGAAAAGUUCAAGGGUCAAUACAUGCACAGUAAGGAAUAUAAAGGACCCCUGAUGUUUGAAGGAAAGAAAGUGGUAAUAAUUGGAAUUGGAAACUCCGGGGGUGACCUUGCAGUUGAAAUCAGUCGACAUGCUAAACAGGUAUUUCUGAGUACAAGAAGAGGUGCCUGGAUAAUAAACAGAGUGGGUAAAAGAGGAUUACCUGGAGACAUACAAUUUUCCCGUCGCAUUAAUGUCUUUUGGCCUUCAUCUGUUAUUACCUGGUAUGCUGAAAGGGCCCAAAACAGUCGAUUUAGUCAUGCAAACUAUGGCCUUCAGCCUAGCCACAGUUUUCUCAGCCAACAUCCAACCGUCAACGAUGAUUUACCAAAUCGCAUCCUAUCAGGAACGGUACUUGUGAAACCUAAUGUGAAACAAUUUACUGAAACUGCUGCCAUCUUUGAAGACAGCACAGUGGAAGAUAUCGAUGUUGUUGUUUUUGCAACGGGAUACGCCUUCGGUUUUCCAUUUCUGGAUGAGUCUGUUCUUAAAGUCAACAAAAACCAUGUUUCUCUCCACAAGUAUGUCUUUCCACCUCAGCUGGAGCAGCCAACUCUGGCCAUCAUUGGCCUCGUCCAGCCAUUAGGAGCUAUUAUGCCAAUAUCUGAACUUCAAGCACGUUGGGCCACAAGAAUUUUUAAAGGUUUGGCUAAACUGCCUGCUGUCAGCACCAUGAUGGCAGAGAUACUGGAGAAGAAAGAAAAGAUGGCCAAAAGGUAUGUCAGCUCCCAAAGGCACACUAUUCAAGUUGAUUACAUACCCUACAUGGAUGAAUUAGCAGAGCAGAUUGGUGUGAAGCCCAACAUGAAGCAGCUCCUCUUCAGUGAUCCACAGUUGGCAUUUCAGGUCUUUUUUGGUCCCUGUUCACCGUACCAGUUUCGACUGACUGGGCCCGGAAAAUGGCCAAAAGCUCGAGAGACCAUCUUCACACAGUGGGAGCGCAUCAUCAAACCAACCAAAACGCGUGUGCUCACUAAGAAUCAGCAAGAAGCUUCUUUGUCAAUGCUGCUGAAACUCAUGGCUUUGUUAGUUGCUCUUGGUGCUGUUUAUCUGUUUCUCUAAUUAGUCAGAAGGUUUUCCUCAGGAGUUUUUCUCAAUCAAUUAAUGUUAGAGAUUCACAUUCUGAUUGUUUUUAAUCAUAGCAUUGAUUACCUCUCAUGUGAUGUAUUUGAUUCCUGUGGAAUUUGUUCCUGAAGACUCAGUGCCUUGAAUGAAUCAGGUUUUACAUCUGGUUCAGCUGUUGUUUUUGAUUUAAGGAACAUUUCGCCAAGAAGCAGCAUGCCAACUGUGGGUGCUUUACUUUAAUGAACAACAUGUUCCAUGUGGUGUUAAUAAUUGCUAAUUUACAAACUGCAUGUCCUUUUUAUUCAUGAGCUACAACAUGCAGUGCAUUCAGCUGAGGUGUUUUAAAAAAUGGAAAAUUAGAAAUCAUUUUUGAAAAUGCUCUGGGAACUAGAUUUUUCUAUUGCAACACUUUGUGCAGGAUGAUGAGGAUAGCCAUUUGGCUGAGGUACUGCUGGGUGCUUGUGAACCUGUGCUCCAGCUGACAUUUCAGGAGUGGAAGGGUGGGGAAAGUAAUAGUAAUUUUUACACACUAAAGGAUAAAGAUUUACACGUUUCUUUAAAAAAAAUGUUAUACUUAAUUCCAGAGGAAGAAAUAAAACACGCAUCCCACAGAUCCUCAACUUGGUUCAGUUGGUAACAAUUGCAACCCUCUUCAAAAGAUUAGAGCUCACAAUCUAAACAUAUACCCCAGUGUAGGACUAGAGGAAAUCCACUCCCUGGGCUGAAUUUUACAGGGACAUGUUGCUCUCACCACCCCGGCGCCCCCUGCCCUCCCAGCCACUCUAAUUGGCUGGCAGCAGAGUAGUCUCAGCAGCACCAGAACUCAAUAGUAGCAGCUGCAAGGACUACAAGCCGUACCAAGGAGAAGAUCCAUGGCGACCAGACUUAAGAGGUAAGUUUAGGGUUCUUGGUCAGGGAGGGAUUCAGGGAUCCUAGGGAGAGGGUG